AUGGGGCCAGACUUGGAGCCUCUUAAACUCGAUUUUAGAGCAGGCAAGAUAGUCGCUGGUGAGGAACAAUGGAAUUCGACUGUUGCGCAAAAUGAAACACGCAAGAGUUGUGGCCUAAUGCGAUUUGAACUGGAGCAAAACAUCCGAAAGCCUACAAUAAAUGAACCAUUUUCGAUAACGAAGGCAAGAAAAAAGAUGAAAAAUGAAGAGCGAACGAAAAAAGAUUUUAAAGGGCUUUAUGGAGUUUAUCAAUCUUCUGCUAGAAUCGUUAUUGACUGUCCAAAGAAAGAAUACCUGCAUUAUGAAGGAAUGAGAUAUCCGUCUUUUGAUAUCCCAUUAAUUACCGAUGAAUGGAUGAAUCGUAAAUCAAGAAAUGAUUGGUUCACCAUUUGUCGAAGGAAUGAUUGGCAAAGGUGCUUAUUAACUUUUGCAGCAUUUUUUACUUCGUCUGCGUCAAAUUUUAACAAUCCAUCGUUUGAUUCUAAAAUUGUUUUCUCUUGGCAAGAAUGUAUGGAUCAUAUUGAUGAUAUAAUUGUUAUAAAUUUGAUGGAACUAGAGUGUAAAAGUCCAACUAUUAUUCAGGCGAAGUCUUUUAAAUCAUUUGGAUGUGAUCGGCAUUUAUUCAUAGUAGCAGAGACGGGUUCCGGUAAAACAGUAGCUUAUAUAGUUCCAAUAAUCAAGGACUUACUGAAAAAACGUCGUGAAGGAAAGAAAGCCAGAGCCAUUGUUCUUGUGCCAACGAAGAUUUUAAAAAUGCAGCUUGGAAGAAUGGUUUCCAAUUUGAUAAAAAAUACUGAUCUGCAUUUAAUAUAUUCAGCUGAUUGUGUAACACUGUCGUCUGAUUGGGACAUCUUCGUCAGCACUCCUGCAACAGCAACUAAAAUAUUAAAAGAAAUGACCAACGUGGAUUAUUUAGUAAUUGAUGAAGCAGAUAUUUUGUUAGACGACAGUUUUGUGGAUGUUAUGGUAGAUUUCCUUAAUAUUGUAAAAAUCCGAUAUUCAGCAACAAAUAAGACAGAAAAUGAAAUUUACCAGACAUUUUCAGAAGGCGCUCGUGUAAUUUUUUCAUCUGCAACAUGCCCAAAAUCUUUGCUUGAUCUUGCUGAAAAUGUUGUGGAUAAAGAUUGUUUGCAAUUUGUAUCAACAAAACGAUUUCACCAUUUGAUGCCUCAUGUUAUCCAAAAAUUUAUCCGAGUUACUGAAGCAGAUAAAAUAAAACAGGUUGAAAAAAUAAUCAAUGAUGAUUUGGGAAAAUCGAAAGGUCAAACGAUGAUAUUUUGUAAAGAUGUGAAAACUUGUUAUUAUGUCACUCAGACUUUACAAAAUUUGGCGAGUGAUCCCUUUUUAAUGGGAGGUACCAUGGACAUUAAGCAAUUAGAAGUGAUGAACAAAGCUUUUAUUGAAGAACCUCGCAUUUUUGUCGCAACUGAUGUUGCAAGCAGAGGACUAGAUCUUCCCUUACUUCGACAUGUAAUCAAUUACGAUUUUCCUCGACAUAUGGUUGAUUAUAUUUAUCGGUCCGGAAGAGUUGGACGGAUCAGUUCCAAAUAUUCCUGUAAAGUUACUUCGUUUAUCCACUGCCCUUGGGAAAUUGAGUUAAUCAGAACUAUCGAGAAAUGUGUCCGGUUCGAUAUACCUAUUCCUAACGUCGAAGUGAACAUCGCAGGCAAACUAAUAGAGAGAAAAAAAAACGAAGAACGAUAA